UAAUUAAUUUUUAUUUACAUUGUACAGGGUGAACUCGAACCCUCUGCUGAUCUCUGCGACGAAGCAGAUGCACCUGGUGGAGGAGGUGAGAAAGAAGAAGAAGGAGGUCAAGGUUGGCGAUGAAACUCCGGAAUGGCAAUCGAACCUGGACAGCUGGAAGAACCGGCGCAGGAAGCAGAGCGAGGAGGCGCUGAUAAGAGUUUCCGAGAUCCGGAGGCUGGAGGAGAUGGAGGCAGAGGACGGGAUGGGCAAACGAAAAAUGAGUAUUGGUAGAAAGAUAAGCCUACUUGUGGAUAAUGAUGAUGAGAUAGAUAUUGGAGAUCUACCAGCUGAAGACAAGUCUACUCCUCCCAGGCACCAGGUGUAAAAUCUAGCUUUCUUAAG